AUGGCUGUUUUGUCAGGCAUCACGGACAGACUGCAUCAGAUCCUCACCGGGCACAACACUCACGAUGUAGACAAGGCCACGAUGGAGGUCUGGGACAAGGGAGUCUUCUUGAAUGAACUCCAAAGACAAGGUUUGGUGCUUGUCACGGACAAAGACGGGAACCUGAACGGAAACCUCGCGGCCACCAAGUGCCUUAGACGUGGAACCUACAAGGGCACUCGCUUGGCCUUGACCGAGUUUUACAACCUGAUUCAGGAGGCUCUGUCUUCUCAGUUUGACACCAAGUGUUAUGAACCCAUCAUCCCCCAGCGCCGAACGCUGGAAGAAAAGAAAGUCAUUUAUCAAUGGAGCAAGACGGCUGAUGACGGAUAUCCUCCUCAUCUAUAUGUUCCCAAUGGGGAACAGGUGACGGUCACAGACGAUGAUGGCCCAGUCUUUGACCAAACCGAGCUCAAUCGUGUCGGCGCCAUCUCACGGGCCGUUUCUUUUCUUGUCCCUGAAGAAAUUGACCCCCAGGAUACGCCGUUUUAUGGACCUACUCUUGCUGAUGUUGAGGCGUACAAUCGCGAGCAUCCGAGCCCCAGUACCGACAUCAUGGACGGCAAGAACAUUGGCUUUCUGCCUGAUUGGUUUUCGGAUGCUCGCUUUGUUCAGCAACAUUUCAGCGGCGUCAAUCCUACCACCAUUGCUACCGCUCCCGCUGCAAAAGUCCAGGAAUACGUGGCUCAAGCGAAGAAGCAGGGCCUCGCCGACAUGGUAGAGCUGCUGGAGGCGGGCAAAGACUUGCUCAUCCAGGACUACUCCUACUUCCGCAAGGCAACCGGUCUCGGUGACAACGAGCCUUUUGUGAACGUCAUCUACGACCUCACCGAAGACUACAAGCCCACCGGGAAGACAGCGAACCGAUAUGGCUGCGCCUCGGUCAUCAUCUUCCAACUUCACAACGAUGGUCGCCUCCACCCCUUGGCCAUCACCAUCGACUACAAGGGCAGCCUCGACAACUCUGUCACCAUCUUCAACAACCGCCUGCACCCCGAUGCCUGGGGGGUCGUCGCCGAGUCGCAGGACUGGCCUUGGAGAUUCGCCAAGACUUGCGCGCAGGCGUCUGACUGGGCACGGCAUGAGAUUGCCGUGCACUUGGACCAUCUCUUGUACGAGCUCCUCAGCCCGCACUGGUUCAGAACAUUGUCACUGAACAAGUCUGCCCGCGACACGCUCGUGCCCUUUGUCAUUGCCAGAAUCGCGGGCUUCGGACCGGACUCAGACCCCAGCAAGCACGACACCAACCGUUGCUUCAAGUUCAUCCAACACGCUUACAAGAACUUCAACUUUGUCGACAAGUACAUCCCCAACGACCUGAAGAAGCGUGGCUUCGACAUGGAGGGCGGAGCAAAGUCCUGCAAAUAUCGCAAUUACCCAUACGCAACCGACAUGUUUUUCCUCUGGCACAUCAUUCGCGACUUCGUCAAGGCUGUCCUGGGGACAACGUACAAGUGCAGCGCCGACAUCGAGAAUGACCCGUACAUCGCCGAUUGGUGCCUGGAGAUUCAGACAAAGGGCGAGCUUACCAGUUUCCCAACCAUUACAACCGUGGAUGAGCUCAUUGAUGCCGUCACCAUGUGCAUCCACAUUGCCUCCCCCCAGCACACGGCAGUCAACUACCUCCAGGACUACUAUUACAGCUUCGUCCCCUCCAAGCCGCCCGCCCUCUGCACGCCUCUUCCCACCUCUCUCGCCCAGCUCCAGUCCUACACGGAAAAGGAACUGACCGAAGCUCUUCCAAUCGGCACCGAGUUACCCAAGUGGAAAGACUGGCUGCUCGCCGCGCAGUUGCCCGAGCUUCUCAGCUUCAAAGUAGACCAUAAGUAUAAUCUGUUGACGUAUGCAAAGUCCCUGUAUAAUGUGAACAAGAGUAGGACGGAGAAGGAGAACGAGAGGGCCGAGCACAAGGUGAUGAAGGAGGCGGCCGCGAGGUUUUAUAGUCAGCUGAAGGAUUGCGAUUUUGUGUUCAAGCUCGUCUCUGAGUUUCAGACGCCCGGGACCAUUGAGUACAAGGUUUUGCAGCCCGAGUUCGCGGCUGUUUCGAUUUUGAUCUAA